AAGAGAGCAGGGGGAAAAGGAAAAGAGAUGCACACUUCCCCGAAACAAGGUCCCGGUGCCGGCUGCUACCCUCCGGGCCUCUAGCCCAAAGGAAGGCACACAGGGGAAGUUCCGGUACCUUUUGGGGGGAAGAGGCUGCCAUGGAAGAGCCUGCAGCUCCCACUGAAGCCUCUGAGGCACCUGGGGCAUCUACGGGUGCCGAGGCAGCAGGGGAGGGUGCACCUGGGCCUAGUCUCCGCACACGCCCGGUCUUCCGGCAAUUUGCGGCUACAGGUCCGGCCCCCCUUCGCGCGUCACGUCUGAGGCCUGCCCAGGCUGCAGGGGGCGGGGCUGGGCCCAGUCGCAUGCAGGGCCGGAGUGGUGGCAGCUGGACGAAGCAAGUCAUCUGCAGGUAUUAUCUGCAUGGGCUUUGCAAGGAGGGGGAGAAUUGUCGCUACUCACAUGACCUCUCAGGCCAGCAGUUGGCCAGGGAGGGCCAUGGUUCACUGCCUCGGGCCUCUGCAGACCAAGGCCCUAGCACGGCUGCGCAUACUGAGACCCUGCCUCAGGAAGUGGCGAAAGCCCCCUCUGCUGCGCCUUCAUGCUCCUUGCCUGUGAUUGGCUUGGCUGCUGAAAGGGGUUUCUUUGAAGCUGAGAGAGACAAUGCAGGCCUUGAAGCUGCAGGAGGAGCCAGUGUAGAAGGCUGGGAGAAUGCUAUUGAAUUUGUACCCGGGCAACCCUAUAGGGGCCGCAUGGUCCCUUUUGUUCCCAGGGCUCCUUUACAGAGCCCAGUGACUGAGAGGGAACAGAUUGCAGUGGGCAGGGGUCAGCAGCUUUGCCGUGAUGCUGCCAUGGGGCAGUGCUUUCGUGGGGAGAGUUGUAUGUAUAUCCAUGGAGAGAUAUGCGAUAUGUGUGGGCUUCAGGUCUUGCACCCUGUGGAUGCUGUGCAGAGGGCAGACCAUACAAAGGCUUGCAUUGAAGCACACGAGAAGGAUAUGGAACUCUCAUUUGCAGUGCAGCGAAGUAUGGACAAGGUGUGUGGCAUCUGCAUGGAGGUUGUCUAUGAGAAAGUCAACCCUAGUGACUGCCGCUUUGGCAUCCUCUCCAACUGCAACCACACCUACUGUCUUAAGUGUAUCCGCAGGUGGAGGACUGACAAACAGUUUGGCAACAGGAUCGUCAAGUCCUGUCCACAGUGCAGGGUUACCUCCAACUUUGUCAUUCCCAGUGAGUUCUGGGUGGAGGAGGAGGAAGAGAAACAGAAACUUAUUCAGCAGUACAAGGAGGCAAUGAGCAACAAGACUUGCAGGUAUUUUGCUGAAGGCAGGGGUUACUGCCCAUUUGGAGAGAACUGUUUUUACAAGCAUGCAACCCCUGAGGGCCCAGGAGAGGAUCCUCAGAGGCAGGGUGCUGAGGCAUCCGGUGCUCACUGCAGUCAACUUUUGGAGCCUACUCAGGUGGGAGAGGGCGAGAUGCCCUUUAAAAGCAGUAAAAAAAAGCUUGUCAUGCUUCGGCUGGCCAAUCUGUUGUUUAAGUGUUUUCUUUCACUGGGAAAGAGUGCGUUUUUUGUUGUUUUUUUUUUCUCAGAGGACCAGUGGGACUUACUUCAUUAUAAGCUGGAAAAAUAUUCCAGUUUGAAUCUGUAGCAUUAUGCUGUGGCAUGUGGUCUAGUGUGCUAAGGCUCUGUCUGUCAUCUGCUAUUGCUUGUUUGUUGUUUAUAGACACAUCUAUCAUUUACAGGGGCUAUGGAAGCCAUUUUUACAAAGCAUUCAUCUCUGUUUUCUUGUCCAUCCUCAUUUCAGGGUUAUGCUGUUUUACUGUGGUAAACUGUAACAAAGUCCUUAAAGUUAUUGUUCGAUGAAAUGAAUAUUACUGUAGUUUAUGGUUUAUUUUGUCAUCUCUGUUUUCAACAGGAUUGAUUCAGUUCUAGUCUAGUGUUUACAGAAUUUCCACACUCAUUUUGAAGUCCCUCAAGAAUAAAUGUGACAGGGUGAAGGGAGAAGUCUUAACUGAACAAGGAGCUUUUUGCUACUACAGCCUUAAGAAAUGGACCCCCGCAGGGCCUUUGUGGUACAACUGCUCAUCUUUGUUGUUUACAUGUCUGUUCUUUCCCUCAUUCCUCUUCAAGUGCACUCUUUAACAUGUGGUUACCUUGUGGUUUUGUGUUUUACUUGACCAGAACCAAGUGCGUAUGUUUACAUGUUUUUAUCCUGUAAAGCUUGAUGUGAAAUUACUUACAGUUCAAAGUAUAUAUUUAAGAAUUAUAUAUUUGCAUAUAAAUGUGUGUAAAAGUUAUAUCUUUCAAGAUAUAUAUAAAACAUAUACACUAUCAUAUAUCUGGAAGAGCUAGAAGCUGAAAAUGGAAGGCUAAUAGUAUUUGCUGUUGUGAGUGUGAAGUGUGUAAAUGAUCUUUCUGUCCUUUUCACAGGCUUCAGUGAUUAGUAUCUAAUGAAAACAGAUAUUCAAGUGGCUGUGGUCAAAUGUAGCAGACACAGAUAAAGGACUUACAAAUUAGGACAUUGGUAAUUCCUUUGGUGGCAUCGAUAGCUCACUCUCCUAUUAUAAAUACACAAAUGUGUGUUCCCAUACAAUUUAGCACAAUCACAUUCCUUAUAACAGCACAAUUAGCCUUGAACUCAGAUAUACAGUUCUUUGUAUUAAUAUUUUGUAUUAUCUCUUGACAUUAAAAAAGGGGCUUUUGACAAAAGUUUUCAACAUACAAAUGACAAAAUUAUGAAAGAGAAAAUAGAAUAUAAAAAUAUUGGAACCAGUCAGAAUAUAAGAGUGAAAAGAUUAAAAAAAAAGUGAAAUGUAUAAAGGAACAAAAACUAAACACAAUAGUAAUAAGGAGAUAGUAUAGCACAAUUACACUAUCAGAUUAAAUAAAAAUGGUUUAAAAACUGAAACUCAAAGAUUAUCAGACAUGAUUAAAAUAAAAAUGAAGCUAUAUGCUGUUUAAAAUACACAUCUACAGUAUAAGAAUACAGAAACAUUAAAAGUAAUAGAAUAAAAAGCUAAAUAACAAUGCUGUGGCUUUUGUAAUAUAGUUGAUAUUAAGGAUAAACACAUUGCUGGAGAUAAAUAUGGUUGGUAUAUAAACAUAAUUUACAUGGAAGAUAAAACUAUUCCAAUUUUGUAUUCAUUUAAUAAUAUGCCAUCUGGUAAUCAAAUAAAUAAUUGAUAAGGAGAAAAAUAGAAAAUUUAAAUGGGCAAUUUUCAUACAUCUUUUCAGUAACUGAACAAGCAAAUAAAGAAUAUCAAUUGAAUAGCACAAUUUUAACAAUUUAUCCAGUGUAAAAUGUGUAAAAUGCUGUAUGCAUCAACUGCAGAAUUGUUAUCUUGGCUGGUAUAUGUGGAAAUAUACCAGAUGCAUGAGUUCUAGGAGAUUCAGACUGCCCUGACUAUUCAGCAAAGACAGGGUCCAUUUGCAGUUUGUGACAUGUGCUAAGCACUCUCCAAAGCACUAAUUUAACUCCUAGACCAACUUUAUGAGGUACUUGUGCUCUAUUUUUCUCAUAAUCCUGAUGAGGUAUAAAUGAGGUUAUAUUACUUGCCCAUAUAACUAUGACAUAUUGGAACUGCAAAUGGAACUCUGUAUUUCUACAACACAGUCACCAUGCUGCCUCUUUCCUCACCUACAUGCUCAGGACCAGCUGAAUAUUGCUAAUGGAAACACACAUGCAGUCUUUUAGUAUGAAUGGUUCAGCCAGGUGGGAAAGAGACGGACAUAAAUAAAUUCCUAGAGAAUGUGGGGGCUGUGGAGCUUUAUCUGUUGGCUUGUGGACUUGGUAUUUCUUAGUCCCUUACUCAUAGCAUGCUUUAGCCUCCUAUAUUUUUACACUGCCUGUUCCUUCUUACAUGAUUCCUAGUUUUAUUGGUAAGUAUAUUUUUGUCAUAUUUCUUCCAUAUUGAUUCCUUUUAUCCAAAGAAUUCACCAAUCAAGAGGCUGUAGAAGCCUCACUCUUACUGUCAUGCAGCGUGAGUGAUUCAAAACAAAAUUCAAAUAUGCUGGUUCCCCUGAGGCCACCCCAGUACUGCAGAGGAAAGAGGGCUCAGAUGACCAAACAACCAAAGAAAAGGACCACAUGGGUCACUCACAAAAACUGUACUGAGAUCAAAGUCUCAAAAAAAAAUGAGCUUUGAAUAAUGGCUAAGCUGCUCUCAAGGAGAGAUUUUUAAGUUGAGCCUGGAAAGCUUUGAAAACUUUGUCCUAGUAUACACUACCUAAUGUUGUGAAAUAGCAUGUUUUUAUUCAAAUAGCAUCUUGAACGAUCAUAAUAAAGUUAAGGAGAUACAGUGGAAUAAGAAUUAUCAGAAGAUAAAAUGGUUUUGGUGACAAAGAAUACUUACAAUCUUGACUGCUUCUUACCAGCCAUGCAAUCUGGAGAAAGUCACUUAAAUUUUCUAUACCUCAACUUUUUUAUAUGAGAACUGGGUACAGCACCAUCUAUUUUACAGGGUUGUUAUGAUGACCAAAUGUAAUCUGGACAAAGAACUUGAAACAUAGCUGGGAUUUUUAAAGUGACAUGUGUAAAAAAUAGGACUUAUGUGUGUUUGUGUACUUGAGAAGAGCUUGCACAAGAAUUAAUACUCCAUGAAGUUUUUCUCUUUGAAAUCUUUGGAACUUGUGUUAAAGUAACAUUAUUAGUUUAAGAUUUUGUGUAGCAUGGAGGCACAUUACCUUUAUAGUCAUAAUUUCAAAAAGAUGGAGUAAUUUUUUCAACCAAAGUCAUUCAGUUAAAACUAAAAAUGUGCUAUUUAAUUUCUGAUAUAUAGUAAACAACAACAAAAACAUGUAUUAUUUGUGAUGGAUGUCUAAAUAAGAAAAUAAAAAAUAAAAUGAUGUUUAAAAAAGGAUUUCCUGUUCCCUCCUCAGCUCAUUUAGAGGUCAAAUAAAGGGAUGUCACUGCCACCAUAGCUAUACAAAGUAUUCCAAGGACUUGUUCAUGAAGACAGCUGGGCCACCCCUGUUUCAGUCAGAAACAAAGGAGCCCUUGCCACACAAAAGUUUGUUCUGUGAGUGAUUCAGAGUUGUGCUGGCCCCUCCUCCACUUGGAUUCAUGGACUCAACCCAGGAGUCCAGACAGACGGUAUCACUUUACACAAAAAAUGCCUGCGCAAAACGAGUCUGAUUUGCUUGUUUCAUAUGACUAAAUUUGGUAGAUGUGCAGACUUAAAAUAUGCUAAAAGUUUACUUAGUACCCCUUCCCCUCUAACAUAUGGAAACCACUUUGUCUCACAUGGCAUUAGAUCCAUUUACUGAAUUUCAAGAUCUUAAAGGGAAACAUUUCCAGUCCAUAGUUGAUACCCGUAUUGUCUUCUACUUUGCACUUUUGUAAACAUUUUGGGAUCAUGGUUUUUGUUUCCACAGCAGAUGCUAAACUGCAACCUCAGUGUGAGAUGAAGUUGGGGUAGGGAUGAGAAAAGGGAGUCUUGGAAAUAACCCAGCACUAGUGCAAAAAAAGUAAAUUAAUAUGUGUCAGAAUUUUUGCCAUAAAAAUAUAUAUAUCACAUUUUCCAGUGUUGAAUGCACACUAACAAAAAUGACCAUCAGAUCAUAAUGAAACACAUUUACAUGAGAAAUUAUUAGUACAGGCAAUAUUUUCCAAGUUCAAUACAAGAAAAUUUGCCACUACCAUUCAAAACUUCUUUUAAAUAUCUCUUAAAAUAAUUGAUUAAAGAGUGAAUUCAAAGUAAUUCAACAAUAUACAUUGUCUAGAAAGACAAAUUACAUAAUUACGUAUUCAAAUCUGUAAAUUUUAAAGAAAUUGCAACAUACACAUACAGAAGUAAGCAGAAAGAAUUAAGAAUCAUUAAAGCAAAAAUUAGUGGAUCAGAAAAUAGAAAUAUAAAACCUGUUUCUUUGAAAAAAUAACAAAACAUUAACUUAAAAAAAUAAAGGACAAGGUGCAAUUGAACAAAAUAGGAAACAAUAAAUAGGAAGAAAUCAACGAUAAAAACACAGUAAAGAAAUAGAUAAAUUCUUGUUACACUGAAGUCAGUAUACUCAAAUGGGAAAGAAAUUUAAAAUCUAUAUUAAUAUAAUUUUUCAAACAUUAGAAGGCAAAGAUCAAACCAACUGCUAAUGAAAAUUUAAAGUUGUCAGGAAUGUACUUAGCCCUGCCCCCAAAGAAAGAAAAGGAGAAGACAUUUGACCCAGAAAUGUACUAAGUCCUUUAAAUAUAUUGUAAUGCUAUAUAAGCCAGUCCAGAGAACAAAAGAAAAGGGAUAGUUAAUAUAACUUAUGCAUGACCUAUAUCAUCAGUGUCAGAAUGUUACCAACACAGUACAAUGCAAAGAUAACUAGAGUUCAAAAUAAUUUGUGAAUAUUGAUGCUAAAACAUCUCAAAUGAAAUAUUUAAAAAAAUAUAAAAAUCAGAAAGGAAUAGGUUAUAUUCCAGGAGAAAAAGAAUGGAAGAAUAUGAGACAAUACUUAUCUUAAUAUAUCAAAAUAAUAAUCAUUUGGACAUCUUCAUAUAUCCAAAUAAAAAACUAAAUUUGUGAUCAAUAUGCUUAUUUAAAACAUAAUACAGAUGGGGCACCUGGGUGGCUGAGUCGGUUUAGCAUCAGACUCUUGAUUUUGGCUCAGGUCAUGAUUUCAUGUGAAAUCAAGUUCCAUCUCAGCUCCCUGCUGGGCAGGAAGCCUGCUUAAGAUUCUCUCUCUCCCCUCCACUGCUCACUCAUGCAUGUGCUUGC